UGAUACGCCGGUCGGCCGCGUACACCAACUUAUACUUACUAAACAAUUGCAAACACCCCAUAUAUAGGUUUUACAAGCUCAACCCAGUUCAUAAAUAUCAAACGUUGCCUUCGUUUUGUAUGAACAACAACCUCUAAACAAGCUCUCCAUGUCAGCUAUCGCUCAGAAAAUUCUGGUUGUUGGUGGCAAUGGCUUUGUUGGCUCCGCCGUUUGUAAGAUCGCUCUUGCCCGAGGAAUGGAGGUUACCAGUAUAAGCCCUUCUGGAAAACCUUUCAAAACUCCACAAGGCCAUACCCCUGCAUGGGUAGAACGGGUAGAAUGGCGGAAGGCUGAUGCUAUGAAUCCAGAGUCAUAUGCGGACAUUCUCCCUGGUGUUGACGCCGUUGUCCACACUGUUGGCACCCUUCUUGAUAAUACCCAGUACAAGCAGAAGAUGAACGAGGGUGAUAUAUUGGGCUUUAUCAAAUACCUCACGGGCUUUGGCGGUGCUCCUCCAGCAGAACAACGGAGCGCUUACGACACCAUGAAUUAUGAAUCAGCUGUCCGUAUGUGUGAAACAUUUGUCGCGAGCAAGCCCGUAUCUGGACAUUCACGUGUUCGUCCCUUCGUCUAUGUCUCCGCGGAGGACUUCAACCGACCUCUCGUUUCCUCCCGCUAUUUUGAAACGAAACGGGAGGCGGAGCAGCGAAUCGAGGAAAUCGUACGAGAACAUCCUGGAUACAAGGGGGUGUUUGUCCGUCCCAGCAUAAUAUACCAUCCGCACAACCGACCAAUUACUGUUAUUCCAGCCACGAUAUUUGGUCUAUCGGCACGAGUCCAUGACGCAAUGCCAUCGUAUAUCCCAAUGCCUGCUUCGGUUCUUCGGUGGUUAGGCACGUCGGUGUUCCCCAGUGCCGCAGACAAAACUCCUUCUGCCCUGAAUUCGAUGGCGAACUUGCUCUCGAUUCCGCCAAUCCAUGUCGACCACUUGGCUGAGGCUAUCUGUGUUUCCUUGGAUCCGGCUAAGGAUAUACAUGGUGUCGUUGGUGUACGCGAAAUGCGCCAGCUGAUUGGUCUGUCACAGACGGAAUCAGAGGAGCCGGCGCCACACACCUAGAACAUUGUAUACCUUGCAUGCUCCCUACUGUACAUUUUUUGCUCCUAUUAAUUAUUGGCGAUUGCGCGCUAGUUUUAUAUCAAAUUAGCUUCAUGACAGGGUGUUAUAUAAAGAUUUAACUCGGGCAAGACUCGGAGACCCAGUGUUUUUGUUAUUCGACUUCUGGAAGAUAUGGCCGAGUCUUCCAGUGAAUAAGAUGGUGAUUCUGAUUGGUGGAAAUAGAUGCAGGAGGAGGCAAUAUCACCUCGAGCUCAAAUUUCAUCUGUACAGGACCGCCGACUAUUGUACAUUAAGACAAGAAGGCGGGGUAUAUCCAACCCCAGUCUCACACGUAGCUCCAAGAACAGAUUGGACCGUGGUACAGGAUUCCUGGGACGUGAAUAGACACCAGUGCUAGAAAGCGCUGAUGAUUGGAUGUCGUUGCAGUACUUGGUCACUGUGAAGUCUAGA